AUGAAGGCUCUCCUCACCUUCGCUGUGCUGUUGGCUUGGGGCUCGUCUCCAGCUCACGGGAGCCUCUGGGAGCUGCAAAAGAUGAUCAAGAAGGUGACGGGGAAAAAUGCCUUCCUGCAUUACGCCUUCUACGGCUGCUACUGCGGCUUGGGGGGCAAAGGGGAGCCCAAGGAUGCCACGGACAGAUGCUGCCAGCUGCACGAUACCUGCUACGACAGAGAGGGCUCCUGGUGCGCCCGGUUCUCCUGCGAGUGCGACCGCAGCCUGGCGCUCUGCCUCAAGCGGAACAUCGGGAGCUACAGCAAACGCUUCUCCUUCUACCUCAAGGACCGGUGCCGGUGA